UCCGGUAUGGCUCUUACCUGGAAACUAAGAGCAUCCUCACAGGGAAAUGUUGGUCAAUCGGAUUCAACUUAUAAUCACAGUUAUCAAAGUCACCCCUCACAAUUAGCUGAGGAUGAAGCUCUAUCCAGAUCCUUGGAGAAUAUGAACUUUGGAACUGCAGCUGGGAACAAGAACGUUAGUUACAGAAACAAUCCUUUUGGAUCAAAUUAUGCUGAAUAUCAAGGUAGUAUCAAUCCAGAUCGAAUGAGUUAUGAGGUAGGUUCACCAAUGGAGACUACAGCCUUUUGUAUGGUGUGGUCUGAGUUUAUUAAUAUUUCUUCUGUAGAACCUGUUCAUGACAAACCAAGAAAUUUUGGCCUCCUCAAUGCAAACUUUGUUCAAUUGAUAAGAUUUCAAGAGACUAAUGGGAGUGUAAGCAAAGAGCUGUCUGAAAAGCUCCUUUCCAGGUUGCCAUCUCACAAAUACAAACCAGUGUCAUUAAAGGGAAAAGGAAAAUCUAUAUACAAGGAUGAAGAGUCAGAGUUAUAUAAGCUUUAG